UGUCCAUACCAAAUCCUACACAAAACUUCAUAUAUGGCUUCCCAACGUGACCAAUUUUCAACUAACCACAUAGAAAUUCCAGUUUAUGGAAAUGUGACUGAUCAACCAAGACAAUCUCCAAUCCCCAAAGACGACGAAGGUGACACCUUCGACUACUCCCAGAGGACACAGUGGCUUCGCGCUGCCGUGUUGGGAGCCAAUGACGGGCUGGUUUCCGUUGCAUCGCUCAUGAUGGGUGUGGGAGCUGUGAAACAAGAUGUGAAGGCCAUGCUUCUUGCCGGGUUUGCGGGGCUUGUGGCCGGGGCAUGUAGCAUGGCAAUAGGAGAGUUUGUGUCUGUGUACACUCAGUACGACGUAGAGAUAUCUCAAAUGAAGAGAGAGAUGAAGGCAAAUGGUAGGACAGAGAACGGAGAGGAGGCAAAGAAGAAGUCGCUGCCAAAUCCAGCGCAAGCCGCCUUGGCGUCGGCCAUUGCUUUUUCGAUAGGUGCGGUGGUGCCUUUGUUGGGAGCAGCAUUUAUAACUGAGCACAAGAUGAGGCUGGCCGUGGUGGCAGUUUUGGUGAGCAUCGCGCUGAUUGUGUUUGGAGGGGUAGGGGCUAGGCUGGGGGGGUCACCAGUGGGGAAGUCUUGUGCAAGAGUACUUGUUGGAGGAUGGAUGGCUAUGGCAAUAACUUUUGGACUCACAAAGUUAAUUGGGUCUAGUGGUUUGGGAAUCUGAUUAAAAUGCGUACUAUUGUUGUCAUUAUGUUCAAUUUCUUCUGUUCUUGUUUUGUU